CAGGUGUGACUCGAGGUUUUCCCAAGCUAAAUCGCGUCUACUGAGCUCUCCGAGGCUCUAGCCCAGUCGUGGUUGUUUUUUCUUGACCUCAGCCUUUAUUCUCCUGCUGAAAUGGUGAGCACAGCUUUUAUCUGGGGGAAGAACAAACGGAGACCCGUGGAGGACGAGGGCGCCCCAGCUCUUACGGGGGGAAAGGCUGCCUUGAAUGCUCCUCCUGCUGAGGAAGGAGAGCCUAGUCGUGCUAAAAGGAAGAGGACUUCCCAUCCUCCGAGAGAGCUCAUGCCAGCCCCGGAGUCUCCUCCCCAUAGUCCAGACCAUGUUCCUGAUUGGGGAGUGAAGGCAAGUGAUCUCAGCCGGAACACUCAGGUGGCCAGACGUAUGAUUCAUCACUUUGCCACUCCCGCCGAUCGUCAGGUGUUGGCCGAGCAGUCCUCGGAGGCCGUAGAAGCCACAUUGUGCAAGUAUCUGGCCCAGGUGGUCACACUCGUUUCGGACUUUUCCGGACGUUUCUCUCAAGCUUCCAAGAAGACCUUGGAACUAGACACCCAGCUGCAGGAAAGAGACGAGUUACUGGAGAGCCACAGGAAAAACUUGGAUGAGUUGUCCUCCCAGCGGCAGGCUUCAGACCUACGUAUCCAGGGGCUAGAGGCAGAGCUGUCUCGGAUGAGCUCCAAGCUAUCUCGGGCGAACUCAGUCAUUCGCCAAUACGAGCGCAAGUAUGCCGAGCCCAUCAAGCUUCCUGAGGUAGAGGAGUUCCUCCAGAAGAACCUGCAGGACGCUUGGACAAAGGGAUUCCAAGCUCAUGAGACAGAGGUAUUACGAGCUCAUCCAGACUUGGACAUGUCCACUGUUCGGUCUGUUGCGGAGAUUGUGGCCGGGAUGGAGGACUCGGAGAUGGCUGACGAUGGUGAUGCGCCUCCUGAUGCUUGAGCUCUUCUUCUUCUUCUUUUUUUUUUUUAGCUAGGGCCUUUUUGUACUUCCCCUAUUAUCAUGUAUUGGAUCCUCUGGUUUUUAUAUAGUACUUCACUUUGACUGUUCAUCUUUUGCUUGCGAACAUAUGGACUGAGACUAGUUGAGCCUCGAUCCCUUCCAUAGUUGACGAGGGUGAAUUUGACUCUUGGUUCUCCCUUGGUCGACUAUCAUGGGGGUGCUGUGUUGUAAUUUUUCCUUGGCCAUUAGUCCACCGUUGGGGACAGCCUAGGGCUCGUGACCCUUGGA